CCAUUUGGCAGAGGAUUUUUUUAGAUAAACUUGGAUUCAUGCUGGGUCGACAGCACUGAGGGAUUCGAACGUCAACCCUCCAGAGAGUCUUUUGGUCAAUGGAACUGGUGUUGUUAGAGAAGGUGGUUAUGCUCGGGCCUGCAGCGAGGGUGAUUUUUCAUUAGGGUGACUUGCAGUGGUUUCCCAUUGCUCUCACCCUUGCAGUGUACAGCUCAAACCCUUCUGUAGGUUAUUCAUGGAAGGAGACUUUGAAGUACAAAACCUUGAAGUGUGCUUGAAAUUUAUAAUGAUCAAAGAUAGGUCUGAGCAUACGAUGUCGAGCUCUAGAACUAAACAUUUCGCUUACUAUAUAGUUAAUCAGAUUCUAAUUACCCAAUUUGCACAAUACGAUACCUUUGGUGGUCCUAAUGUAACUGCUAUUUGUCUCGUUUCACUGAACCGCUUAGAUUGAACUUCUUCGAUUAGGACUUAUUACCAUUUGAGGGACAUUCUCUCUUUCCAAAUCCGCGUUUAACGAUCAAGUACAGAUUUGUAAAAGAAUAAGUUAGGGCUAACCAUAGCUCAGUCGCUUUGCUUUUGCAUGCCGCACCAGAGUUAAUCUCCCGGCCAUUUGGAUGUAGAGUGGUGUGGCAGAGCCAGUUGCAUGUGUAAAUUUAUCGCUGGUUUUGUGUAGAGCAUAUUUGUUUUCUAAGCGGUACUUGUGUCACUGAUUUAGUGCUAAACUACCAACCUCUUAGAAGCUCCUUCACAAUAUCGAAGAUUUCAGGGAGUUAGAGGAUUACCCAUCUGAUUUAUUUAAGUCAAUCAACUUAUUCUGUCCAGUCCUUCUGGCAUGUCAGACUGGCCCUUUGUGCGCCAUGUCAAAGUCUCUGCAAGGCUUUUGUAAGUUUCUGGAAGAGGAAGUCUUAUUUGUAGGUGAGCAAUUUGUACAUGGGCAUCUUCAUGAUUCCACUGUUCAAUACAGACGUGUACUCAGUCAAGUGCCGCGGUCACACUUACGGCCUCAACUACGGACUAUUUGUUCAACUUGAAGUAUUACAGGUCUGUCAUUAACAGAUAAAACAGACACUACAAGGUGAAGCUGAGGCGAACCUGCCUUGGCUGGCUCCUGGUACGUUAGAAAUGGGUGCUACACUAUGUUAGCAGAUGUCUACAAUCUCAACAACCAACACCAAAGCAUUCACAAUAUCUGGUUGUCAGAUCGUGUGUGGAACCGAUCGAGAUGAGGGUGCUGGAAGAUGGGCGAAACCACCCACUUGCUUAAGUUAGCCCUUCCUGCUUUCCGUCAGGCCCAGGCCCUUGUCUUGCAAUCAAAAGUCCGGUGUCGACUCCACCAAAGUAGGUUGACAACUCUGCGACAUGCUUGAAACAAAAUACAUGAUUGUUCGUCGAAGCUGAGGCAGUACUUCAGAGUGUGCUGCAGAGCUUGACAUUGUUCGUAUUUGGAGGAAACUUAGUGGCUGACAGGAGAUUCUUAGUCAGACUACUUAAGAAAACAAUCGUCUCUUUCCUUCAAGAAUACAUUUCAGGGAUUGAGUGAAGACUUAACUAAGCAUCUCGGUCAUUAAUUUCAUGUAAAGUGCAAUCAUCAACGCCCUCUUCAUGUUCCCAAAUGUACAGCUCCCAUGUCAAUGAGGGCCAGAGAUGUAGUCAUUUAAUUGAGGGCAGGAAAGCGGUGUAGCGUUGUGUUCCUUCCAUUCCUAUCUUCUUGGGGAUUCUGGUGGAUGCACAGCAAGGCUGUGUGCUCGCCGAUGUCGGCAAUGAAGUGCCGUGUCGGGUAAGGAAACAUCAGCAGCUACUAUUCGGUUCUAGACCUACUCACUGUACUUGAGUAUAGAAGCCUAGCUCGAUGGAGGGUAAGCGUCGGUGAUUUAUUAUUCUUAUGGGUUGUUUUCAAGGCGUGAGAUCUUUAGCCGGUGCCUGUGAAAGGUUCCGACUCGCAGAAAGUAGUGCUGGAAAAAAUCUGAGGUCAGAAUUGGGGCUGAGAGUUUAUGCGGCAAAUGGGUCACAAGAAUCGAUGCAAACCCAAUACUUCGGUGCGAUCAAGUAGCGGUGUGAUUAUUCUAUAUGUUUUGCUUCUUACUCGUGUGGCGAAAUUUGAUUCAUAGGAUAUACAGAGGCGAGGGAUUUCGACAAUGAGCUAGCGCAGACCGUGCGGGGCGGAGCACGGGAGGGGGAUGAAUCGAGCGCGCAGGAUUCUGGUGGCUAUUUACGAGGCUGAUCAUGGAUGUAGGGUGAGCAGUAGGAUGCUUUUAUUCAGAAUUUUGGUGGAGAAUUUUAAACGCAGGGUCCACGCCUUCGAAGAAAGUUGAAAGAAGGGCUUUGCGGGGACUCACAGAAUCAGAUGCUAGGGAAUUCACCGUAGAGAACUGUUGCCGGUUCAGGAUUGUCUCAAACAGUCUCAUUCUUACCUGUAAUGUAACCCGUAGGGUUUCAGCAGGAUUUCUCCACAGAUGUCAUGAGCUUUGAGAGCUGUGGGGUUUCUCCUAGCAUUUGUGAAUGACUGCGAAGAGCGAUCAUGGAGCUUCUUGAAGGCUGUGUGAUCCAUUGAUGCUUCUGAAAAUGCAUAAUGUGAAGUGAACAUUUAUGAGUUGCAGUUGGGCGGCUCAACGGACUAACUGAAUGACGAUCGGUUCUGAGGACAAGAGUGCAUCUCUUCUCACUAAUUAGAUUGUACUCGCUGGGUGCUGUGCUAGUUCGCUUCGCACGUUUCAGGGCACCUACAAGAGUACACGGAGUCAACGCACUUGCGGGAGGAUCUCAGUCUAAACCCUUAGCAUACACUGUCUGUACCCCAAUGUACUCGGGCAAUCGUAAUAGUACUCUCUCUCCUUGUCACUCUGCCCUCCAGUCAAACCCACACACUUCAGGCAAUCAAGUCCAGCCUUCUCGUAGUCCUUUCCUGGUCUCUCAGUUGUGGCGUCGAGCCACUCUGGUAGUCUCGGCACUUGCCGGUUGCAGGAGUAGCGUCCAAGUUCAGUUUCACACUAGAGUUUUACCAUAUGGCCACCAUGGAGGUUCCCAACUUAGGCUAUUCGGCGUUCGGCGUCAUCGCGGAUCCAUACUGAGAGCUACGCUUUGUGGCCAUGGCUGACAAGGCCCCAAAUGAGGAGGGCAGCCAGUGCGAUAGCACUCUGGACCAGCUUCUGCAGAGGCAGGACCAAACUAAUCAGGAGGCGACGGUUUCUCUUUCCAAUUCAGGAGCUUCCAUGGCCGAGCCCUCAUCAGAGUACUUGACGCUGACGACGUCUAAUCCCUGGACGGCAUUCAAUGUUUCUUCUCCUUUGAACUCAGAUCUCCAAACCGCAAUAAACGGUCUCUACCGCACUUCACAGCCUCCACCUUUGUACCUUCUAACCAACCCGCUUGCUGAAUUUCCAUGGCUUUUAGAGGACCAAACAAUCGAGUCCCAUCAGAGAGGAGAUUCUAGAUGGGCGUGCAAUCUAGAUUCACAUGACCCUGAUCAGAGAUGCAGCACACACAACUCGUUGUCUACAUCUCAUGGUGACCAGCUUCGAGGAGACAUCUUGGAGAGAACUGGAGUUGGAAAUUCCGGCCCACCGUUGUUGUCACAAUCUAUGUGGAGAGAUUCAAUCAAGGAAGAGCCUGCUUCGAGCCUCACAAGUGCCGGCUCUCCUGCCCGGUCAAGCAAAGUCGCAAGGAAAGAAUUUCAGGGACAUGGGACUCCCCGUGGGAACUACGGUAGCAGCUCGAAAUCAGAUGCAGAACCAGUGCCGCGGUUUGAUAGGACAACCAGCUCCGAAGAACUCUCAAUUCCCAGUCAUAGUCCGGUACAAUUUGGUGGUAGCUCCCAAAGUCCCUUUCCCAGAUCACAGAAUUAUUGGCCCACAUCUGUGUCUCCUCGGCUGUCUGAAGCAAUUCAAGGGGCUGGCGGCUCCGUAACGACUUCUGCAGGGACUUCCAACACCUCGUUGUCGUCUGAGUCGACGAGUAAUGCAGGUGAUGAAGAUGAGGUGGAGAAGGAGGUCUCAACAACAGGUAGCGAGGGCACCAGUACUGGAAAAAGGAAAAUGUCUGAAGCAUCAGCUAGCGGAGAAGCUGGAGGGACGGAUCCCAAAAAGUCGGAGCCCAAAAACAAGCCGAGGAAACGAGGAGGUGCUAAGAGAUUAAGAGAACCCAGAUAUGCUAUCAAAACCAGAACUGAUAUGGAUGUCCUCGAUGAUGGUUUCAAGUGGCGCAAGUAUGGGCAGAAAGCCGUGAAGAACAGCCCUCAUCCUAGAAAUUACUACAGGUGCACGACACCCCUUUGCCCGGUGAGAAAACGAGUCGAGAGAUCAAAAGAGGACGCAGGCCUGGUGAUCACAACCUACGAAGGCACCCACAGUCACCAAACACCGAGUUUCCAUCGACCUGGAGGGGGCUACUUCGGCGACAGACCGCAGGUGGGUGGUGGGCUCUUUCUGAACCCUGGACAGAGUCCUCUAGGUUCUGGUUCCAGCCUGUUGCCUCUUCCUCCAGGCUUCGACCUACCGUCUCUCCAGCAAGCAGCGGAACUUCGAAAUCCACGAGGCUUGCAGCUCAAUCAGAACUUUCAAGGCUCAAACCCGCGGCAGCAAUUGAACCCUAUGGUUAGGGGGCCUUUUGGUUUCCCAGGGCAAGACAGCAUAUUUAGAGCGUCGCAGUUGCUUGGAUUACAAGACCCGGCAUUCGAUCCCAUUAAACAAGAACAAUUCCAUUUCAAUGCGCAACCCUCGGAUUUCAUAUCUAGGAAUAUACCGAACUUGUCACAGCUCCCCAUCCAGCAGCAAUUCGAGCAGCCUGGUUCAUCCUUAGCAGGUUCCGGACCAGGGCCGGCACAAUCGCCGGACCGGCCAAUUUCUGAAAAUGACAGCAUGCAGAGAUCAGGCUCCGGGAUUAUCCCGCAAAUUAGCUCUCCACUAUUACGGGGUUUAAAUUUCCCCAACUUACCAUCAAGCCAUAUGGGUCCAGCUUCUAGCUCAAGUACACUGUAUGAGCCUGAUUCGUCUAGCCUCACUAUGAGUAGGGGGCAACUUAGACAUGAACCAUUAGUAGGAGGUAGCAGUAGCCGAAUUGAUCAAAGCCUUGAAACGCUUAUUAGACGCCCCCAGUUGUCAUUAGAAUCCGAACCAUCUGAUCGGUCGAUCGGAGGAAGCCACGGUCUCGGCUCCGGGAUGGACCAACGGACACGAACGGGUCUGCAGAGGACUGUCCUGCCGACGAUGCAGGCUCAGGUUCAGCAGACGAGACCAGGAAUUGAGAGAAACUCGCCUAGUGAACAAGCCUCCGAGGCUGUAGUAGUCGUGCCACCGGAUGUGGCCUUCGGGGAGGGUCUGCUGCAGGACAUGGUUCGACACGGAACACCCAAGGCGAGCAGGAGCUGAGCCCAUGAGGUCUAUCUAUCGCACACAUCGUGGGCAGACAGAGAGGGAGAAAACGUUCCCCUCUCUGCCCCCCUUCACCACACGAAACAAUUUUGCUGGAUGUUUUUUUUCCCCUUAUUUAUUCUUGUUUGCAUUUAGUUUCAUUUCACCAUUUCCGUGCCGGCCUGAUGCACAUUGCAUUAUUGGUGAGCCCGCUCGCUCUCGCAGCCUGGCGCCACAGCGACAAGGCUACGACACUGCUUGGGAUGCCGUUUCUAGAGAUGCCGUCCGUCCGUCCGUCUAGUUAGGUAGUAGGUAGGUACCUGAAGGGGUGCUAGUGCUGGUGCUGGUGUUGCCAUAUGUAUGGGGUGUGUGUGUCGCUGUUGGAGUCACUUGGUGAUGUCCUCAGCUCAAGCGCGUGAAUGCUCACAGGCCAAGUCGCACUAUCACCCUGCCCUGCCCUGCCCUGACUGCCUGCUGCUCCAGUACUCUUGAUUGAUUACAGUAAGUAUCAUCAACCCCACGUAGGAAGAGGAAGGGGAGGAGGCUGACGAGGAGCAGGAUGAUUGUACCCAUUACGUAGCCCCGCAGGACAGUUUUUGACAACCAGUUUUGGGACCAUUUGCAUGUGACAGAAGCGACCAGGUCCUCUCCUUCGGGUUCUCUCACAGGAAAACAGGAAAAAAACAUACUGCUUCUUCAUC